AGCCAACAAACAGAGCUCCAACUCAGAAAGCAUCCGUCCCUUGGCAGCAGCAACAAGCUACUAGCUAUGUGUGUUUAGAGCGAGCGAGGGAAAAAAAAGAAAACAUCUAAGAUAUACUCCAUCAUCUUCGUUUGAUUAACCCGCCCAGUAAAGCCAUGGGUACUAAUGAUAGAGCGGUCAUUUCUCUGGUACUCCUCGUGUGCAUCGCUAGCCGCUCGUCCUUGGGUGCCGCUGAAACUGACGUUGAGCAGAAGCGCUUGUCAGUCCCGUUGAUGUUUGUGUUCGGUGAUUCGCUGGUCGAUGUCGGAAACAAUAACUUCCUGCCGCCGCCUGCACCCCGUGCUGCAUCUCCGUACGGCAUCGACUUCCAUGCUGGCACCGCCGGCGCCGUCUCAGGACGGUUCACGAAUGGCUACAACCUUGCCGAUUUAGUCGCGCGACGUCUGGGGUUCAAGAUGAGUCCACCUGCUUACCUCUCGUUGACACCGGUAUCAAAGUUUGACCUGUUCACGUGCCGAAUUGGUGCCAAUUACGCGUCUGGCGGAUCUGGCAUUCUCAACACCACGGGAAACGGGACACUCACGCUGCAGAAACAAAUCACGCUGUUCUCCAAAACUCAAGCAAGAAUGUCGUGGGCCCGCUGCAAGCUCAGGUCUAUGGUAUCGAGGUCCUUGUUCCUUGUCAGCGCCGGCGGCAAUGACUUCUCCGCCUUCAGUGAAAUGGGCAUGGGCGAACAAGACGCCCCAGCCUACAUCAGUAGCAUGGUCUCAACCUAUGUCCAGCAUAUCGACGCGUUGUACAAGUUGGGAGCACGGAGGUUGGGGAUCCUAGACGUGCCAGCUAUCGGCUGUACCCCAGGCUCCAGAGUCCCCAUGGCCAACGGCGGAUGCAACGACGCUGCCAACUCUAUGGCGCAGAACUUCAACAGACUCCUAAGGCUCGAGGUGGCGAAAGCCGUCGCAUCCUCCAUGCCCGGCAUGAAAUACUCCAUUGCAAGCACCUACAAUUUUGUCACCGACUUGAUGAACAGCCAUCUAGUGGCUGGGCUCCGGGUGGUCGACAGGGCAUGCUGCGGAUCGGGAAAACUGAACGCGGCGGUCAUGUGCGCCCAGCCAAACACGACUUACUGUUCGGAUCGCGACGACUACAUGUUCUGGGACAUGCUACAUCCUACGCAGGCAACAAAUGAACGUGGGGUGGUCGCCAUCUUCUACGGCCCGCAGGAGUACGCGGAUCCCAUCAACUUUGCACAGUUGGCCGCUGCCACAGCAAAUGAUGAUGAUGAUAUAAAUACUGCUAUGACCGCAGGCGUCUAUGCCGCCAUAUGAUAAACACUAUUUAUGUCUAUUGGCAUGCAGCUGCGACAUGUCACUACCUGAGUACUAUAUACGUAAUUCAGUUGGAAUAAUGUACGUUGUGUGCAUCAUCAGUCUCUCUCUAUAUAUGCUGGAAAUAAAAUGAAGACAAGAGACCACAAUGUUAGUAUC